CGGUCUACCACUGAUAGAAGCGGGUCACGGUUAUAAAUAAAUAUUUUGAUGUAUUUUCAUUAAACGAAAAGUGUUAAAAUGGCUAGAUAUUACACUAUUGUGUUAUUGCUUUCAUUGGUGGUAUUGGUAAAUUGCGCCAAGGGAGAAAUGAUGUCUUAUGGCGAUUUUUUUAAAACCAAUUUGGAACAAACCACUGAAUCGCCGAAGGAAGCUCACAUUAUCAAUGUAAAGUGCAAGUUUGGAUACAUUCUCGUACACAGAAAGUGCAGGAAGGUAUUUUAGUAAGAAAUUCUGCAACUGAUGUAAAACGAAAGAAGCCAUUAUUAAAUUAUUAUAGAACGUUAAUUUAUUCUAGACUUUAGUACUACAACCGAUUAGGCAAUAAGUUUUAUCUUUUGUAAAUAAUUACUUAAAACGAAACAUUUGUGUUUUUU